AACGCAGCAAGUCGAGAAAAGUCGGGUGCGAGGUCUUGUGGUGGUAGUUUUGGUUGUCGAGUGACGGAGAUAUAAAAUUUAGGUUAGUUAGUCAUAAAAGCCAUACAGAGUGUUCGUGUUUGUAGCACGUACGAGCGUCGAAUUGCCGUCGGUGGUUACUGGGACGGAUUGCGUACAUCCCUAAUUGUAGUUGAAGGGUGUUAUGUGAUUCGCACCCCAUUUGAUGCUUAAUGACAUACCAACCCUCCGUUUGAUACUGCACAGGCUGAAUCAACUUCAGCAGCGAGCAUCCCCUAUUACAGGAAAAAUUACGAAACCUAUUAUGGAAACAGGCAGUACACCCUCCUCCCUCCGUGUAAAACACAAAUAAAUAAUGAGCAGAUUAUGUCCUCUAAGAGAAAAAAGUGAUCAUCGCCCCCAUUGCCGGAAGUGAGAUGAAAAACCUAAUUAGAAAAACAUAUUGCUGACUGGCGGGGGUAAAAAGCGUAGUGGAAAGAGUGGAAAACUCUGACGCGCACUUUUCCAACUGUGCGGUAGCCCACCACAGGCGUGAUUUUUCAUCAUAUUUUCGCGUUUUCGCUCCUAAUAACGCCGUGUCGCCUCCCGCGUCCGCAACCGUUUAUUUUCAAGAACUGUUCCGACCGAUUGUGAUGUUUGUGAUCGGGUAUCGUGACAGUUGACGCAACGAUGCAUCUAUCCAGCGAAGUAACCUCAACAACCGGACACUACGACCGCAGCUACGGUAAUCUGACGGCUGAAAUGCUGGCCGAAAGAACUAUUGACGGUCUUCUUGCCGAACAUCCGGGUGAACUGGUACGCACCGGUUGUCCGCAUGUGGUUUGUACGGUUUUGCCGCCGCAUUGGCGGUCGAACAAGACGCUACCGGUCGCUUUCAAGGUCGUGGCGCUUGGAGAGGUCGGUGAUGGAACUGUGGUCACGGUGAGGGCGGGAAACGACGAGAACUUCUGUGCUGAACUGAGGAACUGCACGGCCGUCAUGAAGAACCAGGUUGCGAAGUUCAACGAUUUGAGAUUUGUGGGAAGGAGCGGAAGAGGGAAGAGCUUCACAUUGACCAUCAUAUUUUCCACCUCACCACCCCAAAUUGCAACUCUUAGUAAGGCAAUAAAAGUGACUGUUGAUGGGCCAAGGGAGCCACGUUCGAAGAUGCGACAGCAAGGGUUUCACCAUUUCCCUUUUGGACCCAGACCUUUUGCCCCAGACCCUUUGACUGGCAGUCUUCCCUUCAAAUUGAAUGGAAUAGCACACCAUCUUGCUGGACUUCCUGGUCAUCCUCCUGAAUGGGCGAUUUUGGCUGGGAGGCAUCCAUAUCCUUCUGGACAGUUCAUGCCUCAUCAUCAUCCUCAUUUUCCACAUCAUAUGUUCGCAAAUCUGGAUCGGCCUAUCAACACAUCACCAAGAAUAGCUAGUGAACCUUCAUCAACAUCCCUGGGCCCCAUCAGUAUAAACUGCAGUAACGCCCACAGCACCACGUCACCAAAAGCCUCCCCUAGCCAAGAGGGACUCCUCACCACCGCCACAGGUUCAGAAUCGCCAAAAGAAGACGACAUAUCAGUAACUGGAUCACCCACACCAUCACCCCAACCAACCUCCAACUACUCUGGGAUGGUACCUCCUCCGAUGCCAAACAACCAACUCUUCAACAACGCCCUUGCAGCUAGUUUAUUCUUGAAUGCCCCCCUCCUGCCCCCUCCUAGCCAAUGGUUGUACUCCCAAUUUUAUCCACACGAUUGGAGUUGGAUGGGGUUCAGAAACACUGCCUCCCUUCCCUCCAAACACUCCCCGAGGGAUAUUGUCCAGAUCCAGAAUCCAGAUUCUAGUUCCAGUAAUGUUGAUACGUCUGAGGGAAGUGAGCUCAAGGCCAUCGAGUUGAAAGGGAAAAGAAAAGCGGAAGACGAAGACAAAGUCGUAGUGAAUCUUAGUUCGAAUAAAGCCAGAAAGGCAGCGAUCACACUGAUCAAGCAGAGAGAAGAGGUCACUUCCAGCGAGAGAGAUGAGAUGAAAAUGUCAAGAAAUCUAGCGUCCAAAAAUUCUGAUGUAUGGAGGCCGUAUUGACGUUUCACUUCGAAACGAAAAUGUGUGAGGUUCAGUGAAAAAUUUUCGGUGAACUGACUGAAGCACUUAUUGGAUUUUCUUGCAAGGCAAAAUACAGUUUAUUACAAUAGCCAGUCCCUGAAACAAUACACGUUGUGCAAAAUUCAAGUCGUCAAUUCCUCUUGAAACACUUUGCUUUCAAAUCAAACGAAAAAAUUAUAUUUCCAUCUCUUCAAUGAAAUAAAAUAAAAUUUGGAAAUUUUUGUCCAACUCCCUCCAACCUCCAACUCCAACCCUGAUUCUAUGUGAAGAAAUGGUCAUUGUACUUAUUCCAGAUACAAGUGGUUAAAAGCAAGAUGAAGACAAUUUUACAGAAGUGCUAAGAAGAGACAUUACAUUUACUUUUAGUACUGAG